GUGUCAUUAGAUAACCGUUAUUAACUAUGCCAGAACCAGACGUUGGUCCGGAAGCCUCUCAUAUCCAGGACUCUACAAUAGAGCAUCUUAACAAUGCACAGAAAGAUAACACCAACAAUUUUUGCAAAAGAUUAUAUCGAUUUAUCAAAUAUCAUUUUGUCCCCAAUCCAUUUGAACAGUAUGUUUACGAGAAUGAAGCAAAUGACUGCUCGUUAGUGGCGAAGUUUCAACAGACAACAACCAUCUCUUUAGAGGGAUGUCGUGAUAUUUCAGUAGACUCUGUGACUCUUAACACGGCUCAUAUCCCACACCCGUUGACAUCAUAUUUGAAGAAACAUACUGAGAUUGAUAACACUAAAGUGAUGAGUGAAUUGGAGGAAACACCGAUUAUCUUCUUUAUUCAUGGAUUAGGUGGACAAAUAUCUCAAUUUGAACCGCUUAUGGCGUUAUUCUCACAAUGUGCAGAGGUGAUUGGAAUAGAUUUGCCUGGAUUUGGAGGUUCCAAAAUUGAAUUUUCAGAUUCAAGGAAAUCUAUUACCAAGAUAUCAUUGGAAGAUAAAAAGAAAAUUCUGGAAUCAAUUUCCAAAAUGUCAUGGAAUGAUUUCUCUACUGGGAACAUAGUCGACAUAUUAAUAGCAUACAUAGAACAAAAUGUCGAUUCAAAUAAGAAAUUGGUCAUCGUUGGACAUUCUAUGGGUACUCAUCUUGCCAUUAAACUCACCAAAAAGUUACAAGAAAGGAAAGUUGAAGGGUUGAUUCUUUUAUCUCCACCAGCAUUAUUGGAUGACGUCACCAACACGAAAGACAGUUUACAGAAACCUGCUCAAAAUCCAAGUACAAUUACAAUGCUUAAGAUUUUCACUUAUUUGCCAUUUAUUUUUAAUAGUUUCAGAAUUUGGGAUAGAAUUCAAGGACUUGAUAGUAAAAGUGUAUUACGUCAAUUAGUCCCAGCCACCAAUAUUUAUAACAAGUUACGACAAUUCCGAUGGAAUUUAGAUAUCGAUUCUAGAAUCAUAUUACGAUAUGUCAAUGGGUUCCACAAAGCUUCAUAUUCAGAUUUAGUAACUGCCAUUUCAAAGUUCAAUAAUAAUAGACUCAAUCAAAGGACUUAUAUAAAGACUCUCAUAGUCGGGGGUUCUAAUGAUACAGUAACUCCUGUGAAAGCUAUCCAUGACAUUGAAACUUUCCUCAACACCCAAUUCAACGAUAAGGUAUCUGAAGCUAUAGAAGUAAGUAACGUGGGGCAUUCUAUAUUGUUGAUCAAACCAGAGUUUACCAGUGGUUCCAUCAUCAAUUAUAUUGAACACAAUUACCCUGAGCGUCUUCAUCUUUCACCUGCAUGGGUUCUUCGAGUGAAGGCUGAUAUUUCUGGAGAUAAAUGGGGGUUAAAGAAUGAAUUGAAAUGGCUGGCAUUACAACCAAUCUCUACCAAUAUUUCAAGAGUUCAUGGGAAUGUCAUCGAAAGUGCACCAUUAUUGGGUAUGAAGACUUUACGGGAGGGUGACCUUAACCAUCUGCCUUUAAUUCUAGAACAUUUGUUCUACGAUGAUAACGGGAACCCACUUAAACGUGACCGAGAACCAAAGGGUCAAUUGAUUGCAGUGGUUGACAUCUCACACGACAUUCCUCCAUAUAGCCCACAAAGUUUUAAAUAUGUACGCUAUUAUAAAUGUGCCACUGUUUCCAAAGUUGUUCCUGAUCAGGGUGCAAUUCGUCGGUUUGUGCAAUUAAUUGACGAUAUAAUUAGUUCAAGUGAAGUACCUAACCCAUUAAUCGUGGUACAUUGCCAUUAUGGAUUCAAUAGAACUGGGUUCUUGAUUUGUUGUUACCUUAUUGAACGUCUCGGCUGGUCCGUGCAAGAAGCUGUGGAUGGAUACAAGAAGGCAAAAUCACCGGGUAUUAAACAUACUCACUUUAUCGAUGCCCUUUAUGUUCGUUACGAGAGUUGAGUAUAAUGGUUUUUUUUAUUCUACAAUUAUUUCCCUUCUUGAACUAUGUAUUAUAUAAAAACUUCUUAAUAUAUUUAUUAAUAUUCAUAUAUAC